ACAGUACUAUCACACGCUUGAAUCUCGUCAAUCUCACCUUCCAUUCAAACACCGGCUGCACCAUUCACAUCUCCAGAGACAAAAUGAUGGUAAUCUUCGUGAUGUUGUUGUAGAUUCUGUUACAUUACUGCGAGAAAGCAGUGAAGAUAGUGAUUGA